UAUGAAAGAUAAUUGAUAUCAGUCCUUGUAAAAAUUCACAAAAAAAAAUAUAUGUGAGAUGCCGUAAAAAUAGUGAAAGCAGUUUCGAAGUAAAAGCAAAUAGUUUGACGUGUUCUGUCUUUCUUCUACUGGAAAAGAUGGAGGCCACAUGGUUGUGAAUACGUCUCCACGUGUUACGAGAUUCACUACGAGCUGUACACGUGUCAGAUACACACGUCUUCUUUUACUUCAUAACCCCCAACUGCCACUAAACCACAAUCGUUUCUUGUUUCACACAAACCACUUCUCUCUUUCUCUCGUUCUCUUAUUGGAAUACCAAAAAACAAAAAUGGGAUCAGAGACUUUCCUGGAGAUUAUUCUGGCCAUUCUUCUUCCUCCCGUCGGCGUUUUCCUCCGAUAUGGUUGUGGGGUAGAGUUCUGGAUAUGUCUGUUGUUGACGAUACUGGGUUACAUCCCUGGGAUCAUCUACGCUAUCUACGUUCUUGUCGGAUGAUCACCUAAUCAUUCCUCUUCUUGUACAGUAGUUUCCAUGAUCUGAUUUUAGCCUUUGCUUUGUUUCUCAAUCACUCUUGUAAUAAAAACUCUCUUCCCUUUUCGCUUUAA